ACACACACACACACACACACACACACACACACACCCUGGCACCGGGCCGUGGCACCAGUGCCAGUAUACUACCAGUGCCAGCCAUCAUCGUACGGCCAGCACCGAGUCUUCCACUUCACUACAUCAUCUCCAACACAACAUGCGUGAGUGCAUUAGUGUACACGUUGGCCAAGCCGGCGUUCAGAUCGGCAACGCCUGCUGGGAGCUGUACUGUCUGGAGCACGGUAUUCAGCCUGAUGGAUCCAUGCCCUCGGACAAGAUCGCUGGACACCACGACGACUCCUUCAGCACCUUCUUCAGCGAGUCUGGCGCGGGCUGUCAUGUCCCCAGGGCGGUCUUCGUGGACCUGGAGCCGACGGUUAUUGACGAGGUGCGAACGGGGACCUACAGAAAGCUCUUCCACCCGGAGCAGCUCCUGACGGGGAAGGAGGACGCGGCCAAUAACUACGCCAGAGGUCACUACACUAUCGGCAAGGAACUCAUCGACCUGACCAUGGAGAGGGUCAGGAAGCUGGCGGACCAGUGCUCCGGUCUACAGGGCUUUCUGAUCUUCCACUCGUUCGGCGGAGGCACUGGCUCCGGCUUCACCUCACUCAUGAUGGAACGUCUCUCUCUCGACUUCGGCAAGAAGAGCAAACUGGAGUUCGCCAUCUACCCGGCACCUCAGGUGGCGACAGCGGUGGUGGAACCUUACAACUCUAUCCUCACUACCCACACGACCCUGGAACACUCCGACUGUGCCUUCAUGGUCGACAACGAGGCGAUAUACGACAUCUGUCGGAGAAACCUAGACAUUGAACGACCUUCCUACACCAACCUCAACAGGCUGAUUGGUCAGAUUGUCUCUUCCAUCACCGCCUCCCUCAGGUUUGACGGCGCGCUAAACGUGGACCUGACGGAGUUCCAGACCAAUUUGGUGCCUUAUCCACGAAUUCACUUCCCAUUGGUCACCUACGCUCCUGUUAUCUCUGCCGAUAAGGCCAACCACGAGAACCUUUCUGUAGCCGAGAUCACCAGCUCCUGCUUCGAGCCUGCCAAUCAGAUGGUCAAGUGUGACCCUCGGCACGGGAAGUACAUGGCCUGCUGCCUCCUGUACCGGGGCGACGUCGUUCCCAAGGACGUCAAUUGCGCCAUCGCCACCAUUAAGACGAAGCGCUCGAUCCAGUUCGUUGACUGGUGCCCCACGGGCUUCAAGGUGGGCAUAAACUACCAGGCUCCGACGGUGGUUCCUGGCGGCGAUCUGGCCAAGGUGUCGCGGGCAGUGUGUAUGUUGUCGAACACCACCGCCAUCGGCGAAGCUUGGGCCCGUCUCGACCACAAGUUCGACCUCAUGUAUGCUAAGAGGGCUUUCGUCCAUUGGUAUGUGGGGGAAGGCAUGGAGGAGGGAGAGUUCUCAGAGGCUCGCGAGGAUCUUGCUGCCCUCGAGAAGGACUACGAAGAGGUCGGCCUCGACUCGGCUGACGAAACUGAGGAGGAACCCGAGGAGUUCUGAAGGGUGAAGACCUUGGAGUGUCGUCCUUGAGAUAAAAAUAAUAAAGACAUGAUUAAA